AUGGAGGACAAGGUUGCCGCGGACGUCGGCAACGUCGCCAUCGAGGAGCUUCUGCCUGCCUUGCCCAUGGAGUCACGACGAGCGCUCCUGGAACAUCAGAUCAGUGCACCGAGCCCCAUACAGGCGCUGGCGCUACCGCACAUCAGCUCCGGGAAGCAUGCAGUCCUGAUCUCCGAAACAGGCUCGGGCAAAACGUUGGCCUACUUGCUGCCCGCACUGCAGCGUGCCCGAGAAGCCGACGAGGACAGCGAUGGAACCAGCACAGGUCCCAGCUCUGUGAUGAUCCUGACACCGACGAGGGAGCUGGCAAUCCAGACCUUGGCUGAGGCUGAGGAGCACUGCCAAGGCAUUCUGGCAUUAGCAACUCUCUCAGCACGUACUUCCUGGUGGAAUUUGAUGGAUGCUUCUGUCAUCGUUGCCACGCCUUCUGACUUGUUAGACGUUUUCGACCACGAGGAUGCUGAGGAAGUCAAAGACCUGCUGGGCCGGGUAGAGGUUUUUGUGUUGGAUGAGUUGGAUGAGCUCUUGCCGAAGCGCAAAUACGUUGGAAGGAAGCUGGCUAGGUAUCAAGAUCCUGGGAUGUGGCCAGCAGAAGGGCUUGUGAAGCGUUUGAUGAGGAACAACGAGCGAGAGACGCUUCAAGUGGUGGCAGCCUCCGCCACCGCUUACCGCUCAAGCCGGCUGAGGUUAGAGAAAGUGCUGAAGCAAGACAAGCUCAAACGCUUUCCGAUCCCACUGCCACGACUGGAUCCGCAACGCAGCUCCGCUGCCAGUUUGGAGGCAGCCGCAGCAGCACGUGAUGUUAUCGAGGACGCGUUCUGCAUGGGGGGUUUGACAGACGCAUCAGCAUCCGAAAAGAAGCUAAGCUUGGAUCAAGAAAUGCAUAGAGUAUCAAGAAUCAAGAAACACAAAUUCAAGCAGGCAUGCCAAGCACGCGAUUCAGCAGGGUUUCCUGAGGACUGA